AUGUUGACAAAUGCCGGUCCCCGUACAGCCAAAAUCAGUAGAGACGUUAGCAAUUUCAUUAUCACUCAAGUUCUGGAAAGAAGUGAUGAUCUGAUCAAAAACUCGUAUAGACGCCUAACCACUGAAAACGUUGCAAGAAACGAGCAUUGGUCUCGAAUUGCUGAAAAAGUAACAGAAAAGUUCGAUAUUCCAGCAGAGAUGGAGCGAGUCAAGUCACAUUUUCAUAAUAGGAAAAAAGUUCUUCUAGCCAGAAUCAAAGACGAAUUGAAGUUAAUUCAGAACUCUUGUAUGAUGACGACUGACGAAAAAAUUGAGGAACUAGUGAAACGAAGAAUUUGUAUUGGAGAAUAUGAUGAACAACUUGCUAGAGUUUGUCUAGAUAUCGAAGAUGAAGAAAAAGGAAGAACUGAUCAAUUUGGUAAUGAUCAGUUCAUGCAGCAGCCGACAAUGAAUUUAUUCACAGAAACUACUCAUCAGUCAUUAUUAUGCCAACUUUUGAGUUCUUCCGGUCCCCAACCUACUGCAGAUAAACCUGCUUUGAACCUUUCUCCUAUGGAGUCUGCAUCAGCAUCAAGCAGAGACUCAGACGUACCGGUUUCCAUUCCCAUUCCCACAACGAUGGCCACAACGAGGGCACCGCUCCUAAGCAAACUAUUAUGUGAUCCAUCAACAUCAAAAGAAAACAGUUUUUCGAAGAAUUCAGAAGAUUCGAAAGUGAACAGACCGCCGUCUGGAGUACGGAAUAUGCCGGUUUUAUUCCCGGAAAGGAAGCGUCGUGCCGCAAGUCCGAUAGAGAAAAACAAUUUAUCUUCAGUAUUACCAAGCCCCAAUGGACAAUAUCUUUCACAUCUAAUUGUUGACAUCACAUCACCACAAGAGCUUAAAAAGCUGUUAUCUGUUUUGAUUGACAAUGGAUUCUCCAGAUUCCAGCAUGUGGCAACUUCAGAUAUGGUGGCUUCUUCGAUUGAAGCAGGAAUACAACGAGCAUCCAGAAUAAGAAACUUCGAGAACCACGAAACACGGCAUGAAGAUCAGUUCGAUAGAGAUGAAACACUAUUCUGGCCAACUCGAAAUCCUGAAAAUGGAUCAUUGACAGUUUCUCCUGAUAUGAGAUCUGAUGUGAUGGAUUCUAUCAAAAAUAGAGUUGAACGUGUCGAUGUGGAAGUUAAACUCGAACCAUGCACUGAUGAAGAUGAUGAGUAUGAAGAAGAGGUGGAUGAACAGACGGCACAAUUAGAAGCACAAUUAGCGUCGGAAGCACUGCAGACUGGUUUGGCAUUGUUCGGAAAAUCUCCAUCUCCGAAGAAAAUGAGAAGUGAUCAUUCUGCGAGUAGUUCCUGGAGUGAUAUUGUAACGGCUACUUGUGAAAUGUGUGGAACAGUGAUUCGUUUAAAUUCUGGUGGCUCAAAAUGGAACUUCUAUGAGCAUGUAAUGAUGAAACACUCUAAACACAAACCCUAUAAGUGCCCUCUGUGUCCAUAUCAAACUGGAAGGAAAGUUCGUGUGAAGCAACAUGCAUUAUCACAACAUAACACAGAAAUUGAACCAGUUGAUAUGAUAACGCCAGAAAUCCGAAGUGAAUGGCUGAACACAAUGUCCAAGUGCUUUCCGGACCAUCAAUACGGAAAAAGUACAAGAAUCUGA